AACACCAAACUCUUUUUACGAACAUUUGCAACACUACCACAUCAUGGCUAAUUUAAACAAUUCGACUCUCAUGCUGCUGAACAAUUUCGUCGCUGCCCAUACCAUCAGCAGCAAUAACAAUAACGACGAUUAUAUUGACUUUUCCACCAGCAGCAGCUUCGCGACGAGCAAUAGCAAUAGCAACAGCAACCCGAACACAACAUUUUCGGCGAUCAAAAAUGACACGGAAUUUCUUGAAUUCUAUGGCGAAAUACAAAGCCUCGUAUCCAUAAUUGUGCCCAUCUGUUUUGGCAUCAUUGCAGUGACUGGCUUUUUUGGCAAUACUUUGGUUAUUUUAGUGGUGCUACUGAAUCAACAGAUGCACUCAACAACAAAUCUGUUGAUUGUAAAUUUAGCAAUUGCGGAUUUAUUGUUUGUUGUCUUCUGUGUGCCAUUCACAGCUGCAGAUUAUGUUACAGAUAUUUGGCCUUUCGGAGAUCUUUGGUGCCGUAUUGUGCAGUACCUAAUUGUGGUGACGGCGUUUACAAGCAUUUACACACUGGUUUUGAUGUCAAUAGAUCGAUUUUUGGCUGUGGUACAUCCGAUACGAUCACGCAUGUUACGCACAGAGAAAAUAACCAAAAUUGCUAUUUUUACCUUGUGGACGGUGAUACUGAUUAUAUCGUUGCCAGUACCAAUGGCUCAUGGAGUGUUGGUAAGUAGAAAUAUUUCAGGAGGACAAAGAAAUUGA